AUGUCCAGGUUGGAGGGGAAAAAACAAAAGGCCUGCAAGCAACAGGAAAGGACAUCAGGGCAGGAAAGUGAGGACAGCAGUGACAAGGAGGGUAAAUCCACCACAAACAGCAAGAAACACAGUUCUAAAAAGAAGCGUGGAAAGCGUGUUGGUGUCAGGGGAAAAGUCACUGACUUGGAGUCUAUAAAGGCAAUUGCAGAGCAAAGUGCAGAAGGCUCUUUUCAGAAACAGAACCCACCAGAAAAGGCACAGAACCUCAGGGGAAAGCACAGAGGGAAACAGGGCUUUAAGGAGGCUUCUGGGCAGAAGUCAAGUCCUCAAUCCCAAGGCAGUACAGCACAGGGAAAAGGUGAGAGGACUGGGAAAAAGAAAGUUGAAAAAUGUGCCAGGAUUGUCAUCACUGAAAGCGAAGAAGAAAAUUUCCUGGAAACCUCAGAUAACUCCUGCUCUGACUCCAGCAGUGAAGGCCAUGGGACCCAAGAAAUGGGUACAAAAGAGGCUGUAGUGGGCAGCACUUCCAGCAGUGGAGAGAAGAGCAGCUCUUCAGAAAAGAAGAGCAGUUCAGAAGAGAAGGGCAGUUCUUCAGAACAGAGGAACAGUUCAGAAGAGAAGAGCAGUUCUUCAGAAGAGAAGGGUAGUUCAGAAGAGAGGAGCAGUUCAGAAGAGGAAGAUGACAACAGUGAGAAAGAAGCUGUGCUCGAAGGUCCUCCUGUGACUGAAGGCAAAGGCUACAAGGAAGUGGUUGAUGAAAGCAAUGAAGCAUCUAUUGAACCUGAAAGGGAGCAGGAAACCACAGAUGGAAAAAUUGAAUCUGAGGAUGAAGGCACUGAAUGUGCAGGGUUGGAAGCAGAGAAGAUGAAGAAGCAAGACAACAUGCUGACACAACCAAAAUGUGUUCUAGUUGAGGACAGUGGGGCAGAUGAUGAGGUAAACAUUUCAGAAUUCCAAGUUAAGAGUCUUAAGAACAGAGAAAAUAAUGAAGUAGACAAGGAAAAUAUACUAGAAAAUGACAGAGUUCAAGAUAUAUCUAAGGAGAGACAUAUAAAUUCUGACAGUGUUGGGGAGAACAGAACUGAAGAGACCACUGAUGAAGGAAAGGAAAAUGCAACAAAACCCCUGCCAAGUGCUGUGAAAGCAAAACUCCAUGUUGGCCUUAGCAAAGCACAUCAAGGAUCUGAACAGGAGGAGAUGGUGAACAAGGAAGGCAGUGUGCUGGAAGACAGCCCUUUGCUCUCCAAACAGCAAAGGACUUUGAAGGAGAAGUCUGGGAGAAAAGUCACCAGCUGGCUUGGGCAAAAGCCUGCCAAGAAAUCAAGGCUGAAAGCUCGUCUGCUGAGCGUGGCACGUGCAAUUGGUAUUUCAAGAUGGCUCUUGAAGAAGUUUGGGAAGAGGAAGAAGAGCAGCAAACCUUUUGGAUUCAGAAGCAGAAUGGCAAUCCGGCUUCUAAGCACUGCUGGAUCUUUGGUGGGUCAAAGCCAGAGAGAGAGCAAACAGGGCUUCCUUCUGCGUGAACAAGAUCCAAUAUGGACAUCAGAUUAUUCCAGUGAGGUGGAUGUCAAAGGAGGCUCGGGUGUCCUCCAGACUGCAGGGUCUGUGGUCACACCUGGUGUUCACUGGUCUCAGCAGCAGGCCCAGGGCUGUGACCCUGCAGUGUGGCUGAACUCGGAGCUGCUGCUGCCACGCCUGACCAUCGAGAACCUGAGCAAGUGGGCCAUCUACAGGGACCCACAGCUGGCCAGCAGCCGUGUGAGGAAGGUCUGCAAGGAGCAGUGGGAGGCAGAAGACGCCACAGACGAUGUGCUAGAGAUGGAGUUCCUGCAGAAACAGGUGUACAGGUGUGAAGACCCCUGUGCAGAAGUUGAGGAGAUUGAAGAUCUAACCAGACUAGAGGAAGUCUCUGAGAGCUCAGUCCUGCUGUGCCUGAAGGAGAGAUUCCACCGCAAUCUCAUUUAUACUUACAUUGGGCAAAUUUUGGUUUCUGUGAAUCCUUUCAAAGACCUGAGUAUCUACUCUGAAGAUGUGGCUACCCGACACGUCUUUGCCAUAGCAGAAAUGGCCUACACGCUGUCCCAGUCGUCAGGGCAGGAGCAGUGUGUCAUCAUCAGCUUCCUUACCUCUUGUUCCUCCAGUGGACACAGUGGAUCAGGUAAAACAGAAGCUGCCAAAGCAAUUGUGCAAUACCUGACCCUGCUGUACCAGAGAUCAGACAGCCACAGGAUCAGACAGCCCUGCAAUGCCCUACCCAUCCUGGAGAGUUUUGGAAAUGCCAGAACCAUCCUCAACGACAACUCAAGCCGUUUUGGAAAGCUUCUGAACGUCCACCUGCGACAUGGCGUCGUGGUGGGAACAUCCAUCUCCCAGUACCUGCUGGAGAAAUCUCGAGUGGUAUUUCAGGGCAGAGCAUGUGACAUCCUGGGGAAGGAGGACAGUCAGGACUUUCUGGUCUUGGUGCAAGCUCUGGAGGGGAUCUGCCUCUCAGAGGACCAGCUGAACUCCACCUGGGCUGUCCUGGCUGCCAUUCUGCAGCUGGGGAACAUCUGCUUUACCUCCUGCGAGAAAGAAUCUUAUGAACACGCUGCCAUUGCCAGUGACACUGAGAUCCAGAUUGUGGCCAAUUUGUUGUGUGUCUCAGCAGAUUUCCUGCAAAGUGCUGUCACUCACCGUGUCACUGUGACAUCUUAUGAUCGGAUCUUCACCCCUCUGUCUGUAGAAGGAGCCAUCGAUGCCAGGGACUCCAUUGCCAAGACUCUGUACUACCUGCUUUUUGAGUGGCUGCUGCUGAGGAUCAACGAGUGGUUAGCUCCCUGGGAAUCAGACUGUGCCGUGGGAAUUGUGGACAUACAUGGUUUUGAGGAUCUCGGGUUGAACAGCUUGGAGCAGCUCUGCAUCAACUUUGCCAACGAGCACCUCCAGCAGUUUUUCAGUCAGACUGUCAUUGCCCAGGAAGAGGAGGAAUACAGCCAAGAGCAGUUAUCUUGGAUUCCUAUUUCCAAGAUGUACAGUGAGUCGUGCCUCCAUUUCCUCACUGCAAAACCCCACGGCAUCUUGUGUAUCCUGGAUGACCAGACAUCACUGACUCAGGCCACAGACCACACUUUCCUCCAAAAGUGUCACUACCAUCAUGGAAACAGCCCCUGGUACACCAAGCCCAAGCUGCCCUUGCCAGUGUUCACUGUGAAGCACUAUGCAGGCCCUGUCACCUACCAGGUUCACAAGUUUCUUAAUAAAAACCGUGACCAGCUUCGUCCAGAGGUGCUGGACAUCUUCUCUCAGAGCCGCCUCAAGGUGGUGUCUCACAUUUUCCAGAAGGCUAAAGCUGCCUAUAGUCAGCAAAGGAAGCUGGGGCCGAGGGGCAAAGGGCUCAAGCCUCAGGCCUCCACACUGGUGUCCAAAUUCCAGCAGUCUUUGCAGGACCUCACAGCCAAGCUGAGAAGGAGCCAUGCCUUCUUCAUUCGGUGCAUCACCCCUAAUCCCAAAAAGCUGUCAAAUAUCUUUGAUGUGGAAUAUGUCACUUGUCAGCUGCGACAUUCUGGGAUACUGGAGGCUAUCCACAUCAGAAAGGAGGGAUACCCCAUCCGUCUUCCAUUCCAGAACUUCCUGGCCAGGUAUGGGCUCCUGGCUGGGCGAGGGCUCAGCUGCCUGGAGGAGAGAGAAGGCUGUGCAGCAGUGCUGGCUCGUGUGCUGGGGAACCCCUCGGAUCUCUAUCAGAUUGGAGUAACAAAGGAGAAAGUCACAGUCAUUCAGGCUCACUUCCGAGGCUACCAGGCAAGGAAGCGUUACAGGAGGCUGAAGAAGACUUUGGUGCAAUUUAAUACCAUGAUUUUAAUCUCCAGACCUUUGAUUCAGAGGAGGAAGCGCUGCCAGCAUGUCACCGUCUUUCUCAGCCCAACCCUCAUAACCUCCCAUCCACUCACACUGAUCUGCAACACUGACAAGCAGGAGAGAGAGAGGGGCAGAAACAGAGACCCUCCUUUUCAAUCUUGGAGCAGGAGUCAGCAGGAGUUAGAGGAAAGGAAACGAAGACAGAGAUCCCUGGCCAGUGGUGACACAGAGAACAGUCCCAACCAAGGAAUGGACGUGGGGCUGCUGGAGAUCCCUGCAGAGCUUGCAGCCCUCCUGCAGUUCGUUGAAGGUCGACACCAAGCACAGACCAACCAGAUAACUGAGGCAUUGCCUCCAGAAAUCAAGGUCAAAGAUGACCUUUCCCUCCCAUCCACCAUCAACAGCUAUCCCUUCUCCUCCUUCGUUAAGUCACACUUCCAGAAGCCAGAUUUCCCUGCCCUUGGUCAGCCUCUGCAUCACCCCUUAACCCAGCUGGGCACCGAACACCACGAGAGUGCACUUGAGAUCAACAAACUGAUCUUGCGUUUCAUUGGUGACAAGAGCCUCCAUGGCUGGCAGGAGGUGCUCCUGGGCAACUACAUUGCUGGCAGAGGUUUGAGUAACGUGGCUCUGCGCGAUGAAAUCCUCAGCCAGGUGGUUGCCCAGGCAUGGAAGAACCCAGAUGUGGAGCACAGCCAGCGAGCCUGGGUCCUGAUGGCGACUGUGCUGAGCUGCUUUGUGCCUUCACCAGCACUGGAGAAGCCCUUGCUGAAAUUUGUGUCAGACCAUGGCAUGGAGGGCUACAAUGCUGUCUGCCAGCGCAAGAUCCUGACAGCAGCACAUCACACAGAGACAGGCUCUGCAUCCUCUCGGGCCUACCCUCCCACUCGGCUGGAGUGGACAGCAAACCAGAGGAGAGGGAAGAUAGUGCUGGAUGUUCAUACCUUUAAUGAGGAGGUGUUCUCAGCUGAGGUGGAGUCCUGGAUGACUGGGGAGCAGUUUGCAGCCUGGAUCCUAAAUGCAAGGGGCUGUGAUAAGAAGACUCGAGGGUGGUCUGUCUCCAUGUUAACUGGCAACACAUGGCAGGACCUGCUGGGCUGUGACUUUGUGCUGGACCUCAUUGGAGAGAUGGAGGAGACCAGCAACUUCAGCAGCGCUUCCCAGUCCCCAGCUGAGUUCCCCAUCACUCCAGAAAGGGACAGGAGCACCUACCAGUUCUCUGACCUGGAUUCGAUCCCUCCUGCUCCAGGCAUCCAGGCCCCUUCCUUCCCACCCCCUAGCCUGCCUCCAGAAUUCAUGGAUUUCCAUCCAGAUCCGAGGAUUAGAGAUGACCUGAGGAGCCCCGUAGGCCUGGAUCACUAUGUGGAUGAUCUCUUCAGCCCUGUGCUGCAUCAGGGCUCCAGACCAUCAGAUUUGGAGAACAGGGACAGUCUCACUGGAAGCAUGAAAGGAGGUGGGAAGAUUGGACCCACAAGGAGAGGAAUCUUUCCUUCUACAGGUUUCUCUGGAAUGGCUCAAGCACCAGUUUACCAGCCCAUGCCUUCCAUGAUGGGGGUACCAGCAGCCAUGCCCACGAUGCAAGGGGCUGGUGGGAUCACACCUAUGCCAGCCAUGGUUAUGCCCCAGCCCAUGUUUCCAGCUGUAGAUCCCAACCAGUUGGCAGCACAGCAGCAAGCCUUUAUCAACCAGCAAGCCAUGCUCAUGGCCCAGCAGAUGACCCUUCAGGCCAUGAGUAUUUCCCAGCAACAGCAGCAGCAGCUGCAAAAGUCUCUUGAGAAGUCAAGGCCGACAGUCUCAAGUCCACCACAAGCCCAAGCCCCAGCCACUGCCCCAAAACCCAAGAAGCCUCCCACAAGCCAGGAUGCUGCAACACCACCAGAGUCUUCAGAACCACCAGCUAAGGCACGAGAAACAAACAGUGGUGGUGAAGGUUAUGACUACACGGGAGAUGAGUUCUCCAGCAGUGGAGAUGAUGACUCUCCUCGGGAAACCUUCCAGCAGAAGAGACAAUAUUUUCAGAAGAUGGGAGAGCAACACAUCCGAGUGAAGAAAGUCAGGCCUCCUAUCAAAACCUGGACUCCACCAGCAAAUCCCCAGCCAGAGCAGGAGGAGGAGAAAAAACAGGAACAGCAGAGGAAAGAAGUGAAGCCUGUCCCCAAACCAGAGGCAGCUCCUGCUUUCCCUGUGCCAUCUCCUGAGCCAAAGCCAAUAAAGCAGACACCAAAAGUGAAGAAGGAGCCACCUGCAGUGAAGCCUUCAGGCCCCGAGUCGCGUCCUGCACCGAGCCGCGAGAUCGGCAACAUCAUCAAAAUGUACCAGAGCCGACCAGCCCCUGAGCCCCAGCCCAUCGAGCCCGUAAGAGUAAACAAGCCAUUUGUAAGGAGGAACGACCCCAAAAAUGAGGCUCUGGCCAAGUUGGGAAUGAUGAACUCCUCAUCUUGCCCAUCACCAUCUCCUGUGCCACAAGAGAAGAAAGUACCUCCACCUAUCAAGCCCAAGCCAGGCUCAGCUUCCAGCUCUAUCAAGGAGAAGCAGUUGCCUCUCCUGUCCAUCUUCAGGCCAGAUUCUACCCCACCAGCGUCUGCGGGCCUUCCUGUUCCCCCUCCUCUCCCACCACUGCCUUCACCUCUAAAGCCUGAGGACCAAGGCAGGCAGGAAUCCACAGAGAGGGACUCUGCUGUAACAGUAGCAGAUGAUGAUGGCAUCAAGACCCAGCUGUACAAGCUCACCACCAGCGUCAGCUUCUCCUAUGCAGACCCUGCCUGGAAAAUCUUCCUGCGCAAAGAGGUGUUUUACCCCAAAGAAAAUUUCAGCCACCCUUAUUGCCUGAACUUGCUGUGUGAACAGAUCAUCCGUGACACUUUCUCCAACUCCUGCUUUCGGAUCUCCAAGGAGGAGAAGCGCAAGAUGAAAGAUCUACUGACGGAGUUCCGGGUUGGAAAUGAUGUCCAGUCCAUCAAGGAGGAUGGAAUAAAGAAGAGGAUUGUACUGGCUGCUCGGGAUAACUGGGCCAACUAUUUCUCCCGCCUCUUCCCAGUUCAUGGUGAAGAGGGAAGUGAUGUGCAGGUCCUGGGUGUUUCUCACCGGGGCAUUCGGCUGCUGAAGGUGGAGAAAGCAGCCAUGUAUAAUCCUGAGCACCUCAAGAUUCUUCGCAGCUACUGCUUUGCAGAUGUGCUGUCAGUGGAGCUGAAGGGCAGCAGUGCCCUGGAGUUCUCUCUGAAGACAGAGCAGCUCCUCCUGCACUCUCUGAAGGCUCCGUGCAUCAAGGCCAUGGUGGAACUCUUCAUGCAGGAGCUGAGGCAGGACACCAACUACGUCGUUGCUCUGCGCAGCUACGUCGUGGACGACAAGAGCCUCCUCAGCUUCAGGAAGGGCGACCUCAUUGAGCUGCUGCCCAUGCAAGGCGUGGAGCCAGGCUGGCAGUUUGGCUGCACUGGUGGCCGCUGUGGUCUCUUCCCCACUGACCUGGUGCAGUUGGCUGCAGCCCCUGAUUACCUCAGCACCAACAUGGACAGACGUGCAGAGCUACAGAAGAGAAGGAAAUCUUCCCCAGAGAGCAGAAACACCAGCAGGGAGAGUUCUGUUCCCAGCCUGACAUCAGAACCCGACAGCACCAUGUUAGUCCCUGCUGGUGAUCGUUAUACCAUGAUUGACUUCGCCACAGCCUAUUUCCGGGAGGCUCAGUCCAUGCAGAGACUGCAGGGGAUGUCUGCUGAAAAGAAGAGUAUAGCUGGCCUGGUCCGGCACACCAAGGUCCCAAUCCAGACGUCUUUGCUCUGGUACUCUGACAGUGAGCUGAAUGAGCUGGCUACAAAGAACUUCCAGACGCUGAUGCGGCUCAUGGGAGAUCAGCCCAAGCACAAGGACCAGACUGAGGUUGAAUGUAUCUAUGAAAUCCUAAAGCUAUGCAAGGAGAAGGAGCAUUUGCACGAUGAGGUCUACUGCCAGGUCAUCAAACAGGUCACCCACAACCCUAAACAGGAGAGCGUGCUGCGUGGCUGGUUGGUCCUGAAUCUGCUAACUGGAUACUUCCUUCCUACUAAAACCCUGAUGCCCUAUGCCACCAAGUUCCUGCAGCUAGCCAGCAGUGAUCCAUCCAGCACCCACCAAGAUAUAGCCAAGAUCUGCCAGAGCAACCUGCGGAAGAACUUCAUGUACGGGGGCCGCCGAAACCUUCCUUUCCCUGUGGAGAUGGAGGCACUGCUGAAGGGGCACGGUGCCCGCCGGCUGGUGAUACUGAUGCCUGGAGGCAUGGAAUACCUCACCAGGAUCAGGACAUUCACAGUGGCCAAGGAGCUCUUGCAGGAGAUCUGUGAGCAGAUGGGAGUAGUUGAACAGGAAGAGAUGCAGGACUUUUUUCUUUUUGCUAUCAGGACUGACAAAAAAAAUCUUGUGAAGCCAAUAAAACCAGAGGAGUAUCUCCACGAUUACCUGCUGGAGGACAAGAUGGUCACCGUGACUUUGCGCAGGCUCACCUGGAGGACACCUCUGCACUUCGAGAACCAAAUCUAUACAGACGUCCACUAUGGACAGGUGCUGUGGGAUUACCUGAAUGGGAGGAUCCUGCUGACCCAGAGUAAAGAAACAGAGAUGCAAGUGGGCCUUUUGGCAAUGCUCCAGCACUGGGCCAAACCAGAGCAGCAGAACUCUGCUCCCUCCGGGGAGGAGCUGAAGAAAUACACACCAAAGACCCUGCAGCACUCCAUCAGUUCCAUGGCUCUGGAGAACCAGGUUGCCACACUGCUGAGGACAAGGCAGCCCCUCCAGCCACUGGAUGCAAAAAUCCAGUUCAUAGAACAUGUGAUGAAAUUGCCUUUCUUUGGCUACACCAUGUUCAUCGUGGAGAGAGUCAGCGAUGAGACGAUCCCUGCGCCCUGUUUCUUUGGUGUGAAUAAAGAGGAGAUCAUUGUGGUGAAUGGUAUCACCAAGGCCGUGUCCCAGGUCAUUCCCCUGAAGGAGGUGCAGAAGAUGCGCACCCUGAAGCCCAUGUCCAAAGAUGGACUUCCCGGCUUGGAGCUGAACUAUGGAUCACCUGCCACCCCCAAGACCAUGUGGAUUGAACUGAAACAGGCUAAAGAACUGUACCACACGCUUGUUGUCAUCCUGGACAAAACAGAGCUCCACUCCUAGAGCUUAAAAGGAGGAGAAUGACCAAGGAAAACAGCUGUGUCUCUCUUCCUUUGUACUUGAUCAGUGCUCCCUGACCUGCCUUCUGCAGAGAACACUUCCAGAAGACAGCCAUGACCUGAGACAGCUGCUUUCUAGGGCUGCCACCACAGUGUUUGUUGAUGGAGUGUACCACAAUCUCACCCCUGGUGACCUGCCAUUCAGUACCCAAGUACUUCCCUGAAGCUGUGGAUAAACAAACCACAAGGCCCUCUCCACACCACAGUUCUGACAAAGAGCAGCUGAACCAAUGCAAGCACUUGCCUUCAAGCAAGAAGUCCUCUUUUCUUUUUUGAAUUAAUUAACAUUAGCAAAGCCUGGUGCUUGCUAGAGAUUUGUGUAUCCCAAUGCCCAGCUGAGGCUAUGCAAUGCCUGCACUGGCUGCUGGUGUUUUCCAGAGGCCAGUUUUGUCUCUGCAUUGAUAUGCAUAAGGCCCUGGAACAGGAUUGGUGAAGCAGGAGUUUACAGAAAGCACCUUAAUCGAAAAGCAGAUCAGUGUUAAUAAUACAAUUAGCACAUAUGCUGGGGCACAGAUUGAGCUGCAAUGGCACGAAAGUUUAUUGUUAAUUAAUUUCUCACUGACAUAAUUAUAUGCAUCUGCUUCCCUCUACUAUAAAGAAGUCAGUCAUGUCCAUGCAGCUGUCAGGCUUCAAUGAUGGCUCCAUGCCCACAGAGGAAGCACAUUCAAACAGCACUCAUAUUAUAGUAGAGUGUUUUGGGUCGUACAAAAAUGCCUAAUUUAUUUUUAUUGCCCUUUAGGAAAUUGCAAUA